CCCCGUUCUCCGUCUUCGCGUGAUGCGCAUAUGGACGCGGAACUGGCUCGUCUGCGCGCUCGGAGUGAUGAGAGCCGUCGUCUGCUCACCGCACGAAACGAGCGAGGACCAGAAGAACUCGACUGGCUCAGCAUGCCCGAUGUUGUCGGGCCACGAAGACUGCCGCCCAGUGGACGCCGCAUAGAGUUAGACGACUUCGUGCACGCCGCACCUCCCCCUCCCCCGGGCCGCAUUCCUGCUUGGACCGCUGGCCGACGACACGCGCCGUACGCGAGAGCAGGCAGACGAAGCGACAGCAACCCCUACGCCUCUGACGACGAUACUCCCAGCAGCACCACCGCAGUCUCUCACCCGCCCCUCCGCCGCGUAGGCCACCGCAGGAUUGCCGACGGUCCGCUGCCUUCUUCCUCCCUUCGCGAGUCCUGGUCCCCCAUCUCCACCCUCGACGGCCUCGGCGACCGCGAGCGCAGCAACAGCGUCUCCAGCACCUCCUCCAACCUCCCCUGGCAGACCUUCCUCAGCACCGUCGUCCCCGACCCCGUCGCACCCACGGCCGAAUCCUCGUUUGCCUCGGCCGCCGCUAGCGCCUCCUUCACAGCCUCCAGCAGCCGAGCCAGCAGCAGCAACUCUCACUCGGCCGCGAGCGAGCGGACACACCUCACCGUCCCCUCCCGGCGCGCAAGUCCUGGUGCUUCGCGCAGGCCUGGCCCACACGUGGCCGAGAGCUUCGCACAUGCGUGUGAAUCUUCCGACGAAGGCGGCUCGACUGCGUCCGACACCGAGGACGAGGCCGCCACCAACCCGCUCUCCAGACGCCGCAUGCGCCCCAGCUACUUCGCAGACGAGCCGCCGAGCCCGAGACGGUACGGCAGGAGUGUCAUGGACACGGGCAUCGACGCGCGGAGAUACGUGCGCUCGUACUACUCCGACGCAACGUCCCACGGCAUUCCGUACGAGCCCGACAGGCCGCGCGGUUCUCACAUCGACGGACCAGUCGAUGGCCCCCAAAUCACUGAGCAGGAGCAGGAGCAGGAGCAGGACAGUUUCGCGACCGUGGACGAGGAGGCGACGAGCACCAGUCCCGCCUCUCCGCUCGAUCAGGAAUUGAGGGAUGCGCGGAGUCUGCUCGAGCGGCUCACGCGGCGCGGCGAUAUUGGCGAGGAUUUCUGGGCGAGCGUAGGCUUGACGCGGAGUUUUGCGGAUGGAGUCGAGCGCGUUCAGGAGCGAGGGCGCUUCUAGUGGGUGCGCGGUAUUGCCUACUCUUCUUCCAUGCUCGCUGGUUGUGCGACCGCUGGGUGAGGUUGGGCUGGUGAAGAGGCGAGAGGUGAGAGGCGAGAGGUGAGAGGCGAGAGGUUUUUUCGUUUCGGGUGACAGGUGCGCGGGUCGGGCUUGUUGCGUGUAUUUCUCUGUAUUUGAGCGUUUGGGUCACGGCGUUGUCCCUUCAGGGCGUCUUGGGAUAGCUGGGAUGGGAGGCGUAAAGACACCUCACCUGGUCGUCUAUGAAAAUCACGGUAAAAAGAGAUACGAAUGCACGUUCAUGGGGCCUUCGGCGGCAGGCAACAGAUGGACGAAAAGAGCCUCUGGGAAGACUGAGUAGGAUUGGUAGGAUAUUUGUAGACUUUCUCCUUAAGGGAUCAAAAGUAUCAGCACACUUGUGCUUUACCUG